AUGCACCCAUUGGUGGGCAGAAAUAUUCACAAAUCUAAAAACAAAAUACAGAACCUUGCGUCAUGGAACGAUUGCAUAUUGUUAGAGAGUGAUGAUCAGCAUGAACGUGUUACCGCCACUGUGAGGGACAUUCAGGAAGAAAAGUUCAAAUGUGUCGAGUUGGAUUCGCAAUACGUAUCACACUUCUCAAACAACAUGGAUGCAUUCACAAUCGGAACAUUGGCAUCUGAUCAUAACGUCAUCACUAGACAAAGGAACCAACCUCAUCAGAGCGAUUACAGUGCCAACUGUGUGUGUGACUUCAAUGAUUUCCUGAAAUUGUUCAUAGAUGUGAGGUCUAUUGAAAAACCUUUGGAUACCAAGCCAUUCCAUACCCUCGGUCCACUGCAGAUUAUGUGA